GUACAAAUUAGGGUACAAAUAUAAAUAACUUAAUCCACCCAGCGUCAAAUUUGGGUAACUUCUCUAGAAGAUUUUGACUCGAGUCUCAUCAUUUCUUAUAGAAGGUGCUAAGACAAACGCGGAUGGUAUUUCCUAUCCAACUGACCGAUGUCUAAGACCGACGAACCGGCCAUCGGAAUCCCCAUUAAUCCGGCCUAUCAGCCGCCGGUUCCGCCACCGCAGCAGCACCCUCUGUACUUCUCUAGCGGAAAUCCUCAUCAAGCUGGGGUCAUACCUCCGAAUGCCAUCGUCGGAGAUCCCAUGGGGAUUCCGAUUCAGCAGACCAUGUACAGGGAUACUCCGGCACCGUUCAACUGCCUCCACUGUGGAAACACCGGCCUCACCGUCGUCAAGUCAAAACCGAGUUUAGCUGCUUGUGUUGCAUGUAUGAUGCCGAUGAUGCUUGGGGUUUGCUUUCUUUGUCCAUCAAUGGAUUGCCUCUGGCAUAAGUAUCACUACUGCCCAAGGUGCACAGAAAAAGUUGCUGAUUUUGAGAAGUCGGAUCCUUGUAUAGUGGUGGACCCUCCACAGUGGACUCAGGAAAGUUUCGCAAUACCUGGUUGACUUCCUAUUUCUAGUUGUUCAUAUUUAUUCAGUGUAUUUGCUUCCCCAUACAGGCCAUACAUACGUAUACACAUAGCCGUUUUACGAUUUUCGUUUCUAGUGGACAAAACAGAAUAAACGGAUGUACUACUCACUCAAUUCCAUUGCUGUUUACUUGUCUUUCGUUAAAAAAACAUGAAUCCCAUC